GCACAUGAACGGUCUAUUACUAUUGACCAGGACGCAAUCGCCCGAAUCGAUACUUGCCAACUUGCCGCUAACAGUCCAAUUGAAGAUUUCUACUCGGCCGCUAAAUGUGAGCUCAUAUGUUGUAGAGUGGAUUUACUUACUAAAUUUUCCAAUACAGCAUUUAUAGAAGUAGAGAUUCGUGCUGUACUGAUGAGCUCAGUUCAUUUAGGCCUCUCAUCCAAUGCGUAUCUUUUUGGAGUUUUUGAUGGACACGGUGGUCAGUCGUGUAGUAGACAUGUUUCCGUUUCCUUGUUCCCAUAUAUUUGCGCUUCUGUCCUGAGAAAACAUGAGCACACAUUUCGCAAGUAUGUUUCAGUUCGCGAAGCCCUCAAACUUGCUUUCGAGAUGUGCGAUGAAGAUUUAUGCCGUGCUGCUUUACCAGAUAAUAGAGGACAAUUGGAUAGGCAAGGAAUUAUUGUGACUAGUAACGAACCUAGGUUAUCAGUAAUGACUGCCGCAUCCGGAUCCUGUGCAACCCUUGCUCAUGUGCGGAAGCGAAAUCUUCAUGUAGCCAAUGUGGGAGAUAGUGCCGCAGUGUUAGGCGUGGUCAAUCCGAAUGGCAGUGUAAUUGCUCGACAGCUGUCGAGAGCUCAUUGUGUAGAUAAUACUGACGAAGUCCAACGAAUUCGUGCAUCUCAUCCUACAUCGGAAAUUCACGUACUCCGUGGUGGACGACUGUUGGGCGAACUCUACCCUUUGCGUGCUUUCGGUGAUGUCCGGUUCAAAUGGCCCCUCGAUCUGCAGAAGGUUUUGAUCACAAGUAGUUUUUCCAUUGUUUUUAAUGAUGACUUCGAUCUUUUUAGGUAG